GUUGCGCCUCUUCAACCCCAGAAUUGUAUCAUCUGCCGUUUUCUCGAGUAAAGCAGAUAUCCAUAUCCUCUACAAUGGCAGCGCAGACCGCGGAGCAACAGAAAGUCAGCGAUGAUGGCCAUUUUCAAGCCAAUGAUGGCUCGAAAUGGCCCUCUUAUUCUCCAGAUGGAGCAUCCGUCAAGGAACAUGGCGGCAUGCAGGCGGCUCGGGAUAAGGACCAUUCUGUACUGAAUGAUGGCGCCUCCUCAGAAGAGAACGACCCAGCAGAGUCAUCCGUUUCAGCAGAAAAAUCAGUUGACAGUGAAGACUCGGACGCCAAGUUAGUCAGAAAACAAGGAUAUAGCUGUGAUGAAUUGUCUGAGGAUGAUUUAGUGGAUUCUGAGAGUGGAAUUAGAUCACUGAUACGCUCAGAUCUCUCUGAUUUUGAAGAAGACCUGAGAGGUCGGCCACUCCGCGAGGUUUGGAACAAGAUGGCGAGGUCGGUAAAAUUCCUCGCCGAGAGACCGUGGUCUGUAUCUCCAUCCAGGAUGAGAAGUCGAGGAAUGAAAAGCCUCACUGGCGAUCGUGAAAGGGUGGCUUUCAGGGACCACAUAUCACGUCGGGAAAGGCUCAGAAGGAACUCUUAUUCCUGGAUCGAACGUCGCAAAAUGCCUUUGAACACUGAAGGAGACGGAACCAAUACUGAGUCGAACUCUGAAGACGAUUCGUCCGAGUCGCUAUCUGGCGUGGAUGAUGUGGAACCCGAGGAGCAACUCUGUGAAACUUGCCGUGGAAUCAAUGCGGAAGUUCUAGCUUCGGGUUACGAGCACCUUCAUCUGGACGAAUUGCAAAAGUCAGCAAAAUUUUGUCGACUAUGUCGGUGGUUGGAGAGGGGCAUUUAUGUGUGGUCGAUGAUCCCGUCAGCAUCCUUCAGCGGCCUAUUCAGCAUAGUUCUGAGCUGUGAGUCUCUGGUCGUCAGAUAUCCCCAGACUAGUUGGUCGGAGAGACAUGACUUCCCAUACUUCACCAACGAGGAUGACCCCGCCGUCCAGUAUGGGGUUCGCUCAAGAUCCCGGCUGACGACUACGAAAUCGGAGAAGUCAUUUGAAACCGCAAGGACCUGGCUUCGCGAAUGUCUGGAAUGCAAGGGGCCUCAUACUAUGGUGAAAGAAAGGCCUGACACCGACAAUGUGUCCAGAUCAUCUGAGCCCUCCAGGACCCCGUAUGAAAGCUCGAGUUCUGGUGGCUCAUUACAAGACGAGAUCUCCCCACAUGGAGGCAUUGAGCAAAUCGCCGCCGAGCGACCAUCUAGGCUGAUUGAUCUACAUCCUGAAAGCACUGGACCAGGAGUCCUCAAAUUGGUUCUGUCGCUGAGUGGCUCACAUGAGUACAUGACACUAAGCUACUGCUGGGGCGAGCACAGGAACCCAUCGUGGAUCACCACAAAGGAGAACGUCCGGAGACGUUUGGAGUCCUUUUCUACCUCGGAGCUUCCUGCAACCUUGUCUGACGCUGUCAACAUAGCAGAUCGACUGGGCGCGCGUUAUCUGUGGAUUGAUGCUAUUUGCAUCGUGCAAGACGACGUCGACGAAUGGGAGCUUGAAGGAGGACGCAUGGCUGGCAUCUACCGCGGUGCAGUACUCUGCAUAGCUGCAUCAUCGAGCGUCUCGUCGGUUGAUGGCAUCUACAACACACGAUCUACUUCGCACUUUGAGAGAUCCAGGGACAAGAUCAUACGCAUCGACGGUACUGUGACCACGCGUGGAACGGACCGGAGCAGUGAGCGGGUCAAGAGCACCCUAUACUUUCAAGAUAGGGAUAUGCAGGAGCUUUUCAAGGCCGAUCGGAUUAUAAAUUCGUACAUCAAUCGUGGGCCGCUGUCUGAGCGGGCGUGGGCUCUGCAAGAGCGCCUCCUAUCAUCGCGAGUCUUGUACUACACUCGCGACCAGUUGGUGUGGCAGUGUGACCACUGUCAAUCACUCGAGGACCGAAUAUUACACAACCGAGCAUAUUCACCCGAUUUCCAUUACAAAGAGCUGCGUGCCUUGUCGUCGAAGAAGUUUGAUGGUGACCAGGUCGGAUGGCUUUGGUACCGUGCGAUCGUGUCUGGUUACUCCGACCGAAAGCUCACAUAUGGGUCUGACAAGCUCAUCGCCAUCAGUGCAUUGGCGCGCGCUGUGUGCCUCGACCACCCUGAUGUGUACCUCGCUGGUCUGUGGCGGGAGUCGCUCAUCGACGGUUUAAUGUGGUGCCGUGUUGGGCCUGGCUGUAAAUCGGGCGAGUAUCGGGCCCCCUCGUGGUCAUGGGCAUCACAAGAUUCAAAAGUGAUGUUCUCGUACUCAAACGAGCGGGGCGAUUGUGAUUGUGUGGUCACUGCGUUCGAUGUUCAGACCGAUGAGAGCAACACAAUGGGCAAGGUGUCAGGAGGCUUUAUAAAGCUCCGGGCACGAGCUAUGGGGGGGAUCGUUAUGAGGACCGUUGAAGACAAGGACGAGUAUCAAUAUCGACUCGUCUUGUGGGAUGAUAAGAGCCUGAUCUCUUGCGUCGCUUACAUGGAUGAUGACGAUGACAUCAAGGUCAAGACCGUGGUCUGCAUUUAUAUAAGCGGGAUAAGUGGGCUACUACUGCGACCUGUUGCUUCCGAAGAAGGUGCUUAUGAGAGGCUGGCCUUGGAGAACAAUAACUAUGAGAUAAGGAUUUAG